GAAGACCGUUGAAAGGACACAGUUGUUAAGAUUAAGUAGCGAAUACUCAUAUGUUAUUAUGCUUUUACGGUGCCUAAAAUGUAUUCAGAUACAUCAAAGGCGUAAACUAAACGUCUCGUAGUUAGGCACCCACUCGUGGACGCGCAACCUGUGCAGUGACGCACACAUUCUGCGACAGUCCACCCGAAGGCGUCAUGGCGGCUCCUAACGAGAAGAAGCGUGGCCUGGAACAUUUGGACGAAUAUGAACCAAAACCAGCCAAACACCUCCGGAGCCUUCACGACCGUAUGGCAGAGAGAAGACUAGUUGUUAUUCUGGAGGGGGCAUCGUUAGAAACAGUGAAGGUAGGAAAAACAUUUGAACUGUUAAACUGUGACCAACACAAAAAUAUGAUCGUCAAAAGUGGAAGGAAUCCAGGCAAUAUAAGACCAGAUAUUACACAUCAGAGUCUGCUCAUGUUGAUGGACAGUCCACUGAACAGGGCAGGCCUGUUGCAGGUUUACAUCCACACAGAGAAAAAUGCCUUAAUCGAAAUCAACCCGCAGACUCGCAUUCCAAGAACCUUCACUCGCUUCUGUGGCCUUAUGGUUCAGCUGCUGCACAAACUGAGUGUCAGGGCAGCUGAUGGUCCUCAGAAGCUUCUGAGGAUGAUUAAAAACCCGGUGUCUGACCACCUGCCUCCUGGCUGCCCCCGCAUUGCCACCUCCUUCUCCUCUGGAGAGGCUGUCUGCCCUCGGACUUUGGUGCCAGAGGGACCGGCUGCAGUGGUGAUUGGAGCAUUUGCACAUGGAGCGGUGAAUGUGGACUACACGGAGAAGACUGUGUCCAUCAGUAACUAUCCCCUCUCUGCGGCACUGACCUGCGCCAAGAUAUGCUCUGCCUUCGAGGAAGUGUGGGGUGUCCUGUGACAAACAGUCAGUGAACUACUGAUGCUGUCUCUACAGGAAACAGUAGCUUAUGUGGACAUUUUUUAAAGGACUGGAUAUAAUGGGAGCGUUAGGUCUCAUGCCCAUUUCACCAGUGAUGUCAACUGGACUACAGACAUUUACCCUGUUAUCCUGUGUACAAGUGUACACUGUAUGUGAUGGCAUUUGGCCACCAUGUGGAGUAUACAUAGGUUUCUGUAUCCAGUGUUACAUCUUCAUGUAUAAGCGUAAUUCUAUUUUCUACCAUUAUCAAUUGCUCCAAUUAUUACAUUUUUGAUUAUCAGUCAUUACAGUUACAUUAAAAUAUCUGAAUACA